CAGGUUGGUGUGUGUGUCACGUUAGCUAGCCCCUUCUCCCGUCACCUUCGUUCCCAUGACAACAGGCAACAAACCGAAUGAUAUUAAAUUGCAGACAGUUUUCAGAGGCGGAGUUAAAUAGCUAUAACCAAACAUUAGUUGUCAGUAUUUUAAACGAUAAACAAACAUUUGAGUUGACUUUCGUUGUCCUGGACUGUACCAACUGAGCAACAUGAGACUGGCAUCCAACUCCACGACCUCAAGGAGCAGCGGUGAUUCCCGCCGCCGGUAUCGAACCCGAGCCCCCACGUCUCAGGUGGACGAGAGCCUGUUUGGAAGAGCUGAACCUCCGAUAACAUCAGACAGAUGUGGAAACGCGGCCUCCAAGGCCAAAGACAAAUCACAGAAGGGCCGGGAAGUAGAGACAAUUCAAGUCAUCACCAAAGACCUCAUUCGUAACCUCAGAGUGCCACUAAAGGAUCCUUCAGGAGAGUCCAUCAUUCUUCCACCAGCUGAGUUCAAGCGGAUCACCUCGACAUCCCGCGUUCUCACUCAGCAGGAGAGGCAGGCCUUGAUGGAGGCUUAUCAGAGGAAGAGAGAAGAAGAACUUAGAGUUGCUGAGGAAAGGAAGCGUCAGAUCUAUGAGGCAGACUUGUCCCGUAAGGAGAAUCCUGCACUCACUGAGCUGGAGCUGGAGGCACAGGAGCAGGCGCAGCACUUGGUGGAGCGGACCAAUGCCCUAAGGAUGGAGCAAGAGAAUGAGAUCCAGAGGCUCAACAAGCUCAUUCUGGACGCCCAGUGUCAAGCCACCCGUGAUGCCCAGAUGCAGGAGAAGAGACAUAUCCUGGCUGAGUUCUCAGAGGAGGAGAAGCGUUUGGAUGUCAUGAUGGAGGUGGAGCGACGCAAGGCCUUGGAGACCGUGGAGCAGAUUGAGGAGCUGCGCAAACAGCAGAGGAUCAGUGGGAUGCAGCAGAUCUAUGACCAGAUCCAGCGACGUCUGGAGGAGAAACAAAUACAGGAGGAGAUUAAAGAGCAGGAGAAGCAGCAGAUUCGACAGAACCAGGAGAGAAUGAACCUGGAGGACCUUAAGGCCCUGGAGAAGAAAUGGGAGGAGCAGCAACAUCUACAUGAGGAGGUCAUGAGAAUCAACGCUGAGGUUGUGCAGGCCAAGGAGCAGAGGAGAGAGGAGGAGAAGCUGGCUGAAAUGAGAGACAUGGAAUAUCUCCGCAAAAAACAGGAGCGAGAGGCUGAAUAUGAAGCAGAGCAGAGACGAAUCAAGAGGGAGAAGGAGUUGGAGAUCGAAAGGCUGAGGGCCAAGCAAGAAAAAGCAAAGGAUUACAAGGCAGAGCAGGAUGAGCUACGUGCUCGCAGGAACCAACAAAUCGCAGACAGAGAGUGGAGGAGAAAAGAGAAAGAGCUGGCUGAGAAGAAAGGACAGGAGGAGGCGACGCUGCGUGCGGCUCGUCUGGAGCAGGUUCAGUGCAAAGAGCACUUCCUGUCCAUCGAGGCGGGCAGGGAGAAGACCGAGUUUGAGAGGGUGCUGAAGGUUCAACAGGAGGCAAUAGCCAAACAGAUGGAGGAGGAAGAGAAGCAGCGGCAGCAUGCGCUUCGCCAUGCCGAGGCCAUUCGGCAGCAGGUGAAGGAACAAGAGGCCUCGGCCAUAGCCAAGCGCAGAGGGAUCUUCAAGGAAGCUGAUCAGCUGAUGGAGGAAGCCACGCAGAGGCGUAUGCGCCUGAAUGAAUUCAAAGAGAAGAAGCUGAAAGAGCUCAGGGCGACAGGGCUCUCUGAGAAAUACUGCAGUGAAGUGGAACGGAAGGCGAGAGCCUCGUUACUCUGAGUCUUCGUCAACAGGAAACUAGUUUCACCACAUUUUACAGAAUCUCUAGGAGUGUGAGGACUCGGAUGCAAUUAUUAUUGGGUCAAUAAUUGCAUUGAAAAUUGUUUUCUUAGUGCAAAGGGUGUCAUUUUGCUCGGCAUUCAAAAAAGUUCCUGCAUUUUUGAAGUGAAAGCUCAAUACAAAAAUUAAAAACGUCCUUUCUGGAAUCUGUAGGCCACCGUAGUUCCCGGACGCACUUGGGAAAGGCAGAAAGGCAAC